AAAACCCAACUCUGCCCAGCGCUACCCUGCCCGAACUUACCUUUCUCUUCGUCCUCCCCACGUCUGCGGUCUGGUCUUGUUUCAUCUUGCCGCUGCCUGAAAGCGUGAGCUGCUGCGUCCACGCACUCUCUCACUCACCACACGACCCGUCCAGCCCGUCCCACGUCUCCCGGAUCUCAUCACAUCUCGUGCCACACGAGCUCGCUUCGCGCCAAAGGCGUUCCUUUCUCCCGCAUCGAUCUGCACCCCUGCUCGGUCGAUUGACUUUGACUGCAUCAAUUGCAACCGCGACCUUUCUGCUGAGUCGAAUUCGCUGAGCCCGCAGGCUCGCUAUCCACUGCCACAAUGGGAGGCGGCAUAUCGAAGAUCUUGGACAAGAUCUUCGGAUCGAAGGAAAUGCGACUGCUCAUGUUGGGCCUGGACGCCGCGGGGAAGACCACCAUUUUGUACAACCUCAAACUCGAAUCAGAUGUUACCACUAUCCCCACCGUCGGCUUCAACGUCGAAACCGUGACCUACAAGAACACCAAAUUCAACGUCUGGGACGUCGGCGGGCAGGAUAAGAUCCGCCCCUUGUGGCGGCACUACUUCAGCGGCACGCAGGGCCUUGUCUUCGUCAUCGACUCGUCCGAUCGCGACCGCCUCGACGAAGCACGGACAGAGCUGGCCCGAAUUAUUCAGGACAGAGAAAUGAAGGACGCCCUACUGCUGGUGUUUGCUAACAAGCAGGACAUCCCCGGCGCGAUGAAGCCCGACGAGCUUAGCAGGCGGUUGAAGCUGGACGAGAUUGCCAAAGAUCAUAUCUGGAAGGUGGAACCAAGCUGUGCGACAACGGGCGAGGGCAUCUUCGAGGGUCUGGCAUGGCUGGGCAACAACGUAAAGGUGCCCGCCAAAUGAGCGACGAACACGUCCCAUUCUCACUGCCUUUUCCUUCGCGAAUCUCAAGCCUUGGCUCGUGCUUCCGCUCUGCUUUCUGUUGUUGAGCAACUUGCCAGCACGCUACCUGGCAUACAGCGAGAGAACUUACAGAGAAGGGUCCGGCUCAGGCCAUCGAAUCCAUUCGGCGCAGGUCUGCACAGAGACAUCGGAAACACAUGCACGCACACAUACGUACACUUCAUAGACCGCCUCGGACAGAUACCCACACUUUUCUUCACUGUUUUUCUUCUUUUUCCUCUUUUCCUCUCCCAUGGCGGGGUUGCUGCUUGUCUGUACGAAGUCGUGGCUAGUUCGCAUUGAAAAGGCGAUGGUAGAAGGUCGCCAAAACGUGUGAUGUAUCUUCCUUUUCUUUUUGGGAAGGGUUGUUGUUUUGAACGUUGCGGGCUUAUGUUGUCUUCUUAUAACGCUAGAAAAAAAAAACACUAUUGUAAUAUCUCCGAGAAAGCAGGUCUUUUAUUUAUUUAUUUUUUCAAUCACUUGUGAACCAUCGUUCAUCUUGUGAUGAGAGAGCAUAUACAAAGUUCAUUUCUCUUUCUG